UCCUAUUAUCAUUAGUAUGCUAGCUGGUGAGCAUAUUUACAAAAUGGCUCCGAACUGCUUCAGCUAAAGCUGAUCUAAAAGUGCAAAGCGCAGCCACUGUAGCUCUUCAGAGCACAUAUAAACGGGCAGUAAAUCUAUCAAGGACGAGGGCUACGGACAACCUGAUUAAGUUGGCUUGGCCGCGCUGCAUGCACUCGCCGCUCAGGGGCAAACCUAGUUAACUAACGCCCGUGAAACUAAAACCGAAGAAAUGAAUAGAAUAUAUAUAUAUAUAUGCUAUUAAUGCAAUUGUAACUACCGGAUCCAUGAGAUAUUAAUCGAUGUUACAACUAGGUGCUGUGCGAAUGCCACAGACUGAGCUGCUGUCUGAUGGAAGAGGCGCGUAGGAAUAAGCAUUGCUUCCGUGGGAUGGUAGUAACAGAGAGUCUUCUACUCUAUAUGUACGUGAGUGUGUUCUAUGCGUGAGGGUUUGGUUUGGCCUAUUUCUUAGUUGGUUUUGAGCGAAUCUCGCUCAACCUAGUGAGUGUGUGGAGUGAAGUGAUCAGGUGGACUGUAUAGUACUCUGAAACUGGGCAGCUCACCCCAGUUGUUCUUCUGUGCCGAAGGACGGCAGGUCGCAUCGAAUGAAGCAGGAACGAACAGUCUUACUCAGUAACUGCGUGACCGCAGACCCUGUCUAGCUCCUGCAAAUGGGUGACCUGCGAACUGUGUCAGAACUGAAUGCGAUCGACGAGAUGACUAGUGAAUGGACUUCGUCAGGGCGGAGAAGAGCGGACGGGUGGGUGAUCAGACGGAAAAACAAAAAGCCAAUCGGUAGCAAAAGGAAAAAGAAACAUCGAUAAUACCAUGGCGGAACAACAUUCAAAUCGAUAUCUCAAGGAGUAGCAAUUGCUGCGGUUCAGUGAACGGAUCGUCGUUCGUUCUUGUCUCGCGGGCGGUGUAUUCUUCGUUUUUCGCGAUCUGUCGCUGCAGCCUUUGACACCAGCAUCGUCGAUAGAGGCGCCAACGCUGAAACGAUGGCUGACAGUUGGGCUGGUGCCGCGCUGAAAAUGUGCUGGCCCUUGUGACAGACAUUGGAACACUUAAUUGUUCAUCAGUUACGAUUGUAAUAGGUUUGUUGUAAAUGUUGCGUGUGGAGUAAACCGCUCCAACCAACGUCAUUCGAAAUGACAAACUUCACAGCCCGAAGGGAAGGUCGACAACAAUCUAACAACUGCCGCUAUGAUAAUCACAACAGAAAUGACGCCAGCAAAACGAUUCUUAUUGGGGUCGCUGCAGGUGUUAUUGUGGCCCUUAGUCAACCCGUGGGAUUGUACGCCACCGCGUCGAGCGGCUUGGGCAUGAUGGGCCGCCUUUCGCUUGCUUCCCGUUCGUCUUCUUUCGGGCACCUUCCUCAUAAGUAUUCGAUAUGUGGGAACUACUCCCAGUUCAAUCUAGAGGGAUACAUCGUUAGUCCGGAUGCGACGCUGGAUGAGCAUGAGGAUGUGAAUUGCACGUUAGAAAUUAAGGCUGACGAGUCAGAAGUAAUCACGAUACAUUUCAUGGAGUUCGCCAUUGAGGGACCAGAAAUGGAGCAGGGCCCUCCACGAUUAACGGUGUGUGGCAGCCUUUGGGAGCCAGGUUCGGUGCCUCCCUGCUGUCUGGGAGCGAUGCUCAAGGUGGCCGAAUUACGUUCUUCUAAGGGCCGCUUGCGUGAUGCUUUGAGGGGUCACUCGGCAAGCCUGACUGGAGAUAAAGUUCAGCAAAAUUUUUACUGCGGUAAGGGACCACAUGCGCCUCAACCGUUUUUGUCGGUGGGCAACGGAGCGUCAAUACAAUUCGUUAGUGUGGGAGCCCUAAGUCCAAGGGGACACAAUGCGACUCGGUCGUUUCGGCUGCAUUAUCUCGUGUCCAAGGUGGGUGGCAGUUGCGCCGAACGAGAGUUCCAAUGCCUUAGCGACAGAAAAUGCAUACCUGAAUCAUGGAAAUGUAAUAUGCUUCGUGAAUGUGAGGACGGCUCCGAUGAGAAAGGAUGCAAUCUACCCCUAGAUACACGUGAAGGGUCACAUAGGGACGGACAGGAAACGCAUCAGCAAUUAGGAUCAGGCGGAAGCAGGACCCGGGGUGAAAUAUACACUAAUCCGUAUCCUGUACUAGGAAUGGGGAUUGGUAUUGGUCAAGGAGAAUACCGAAUCAAGCACGACUGUGCAGAUCGUGAAGAUUUUCCCUGUGGGACGCGCUCCAAGGAGUGCUUCUCGAUACAGCAGCAUUGCGAUGGGGUGUUCGACUGUCCAAACAAAUACGAUGAGCUCCGAUGUCCUCCAAGGGCCAUAGACCCUCCUGCUAUUUAUACCCUUUGCAAGAAAUUCAAAGGCAACGCUACUAGGUGUUCCCCCAGCAGUCUUUACUGUUACAGCAGGGACACGCAUUGUAAUGGAGUGUUGGAUUGCCCCCGAGGCGAAGAUGAACGGGGUUGCGAUUCCCGCUGUCCUGAACUGAUUCCCUGUCGAGGCGACGAUCCGUGUGGCUUUCUCGAAGAGCAACGCUGCAAUGGCCACGACGAAUGUCGUGACGGUUUCGACGAGAUGAACUGCCAGAGAGAAUCGUGCGAACACCGCCAUGGCGGUUUUCUCUGCAGCGACGGACGUUGCAUCGCACUCGAUCGUCGGUGCGACCACGCCGUCGACUGCGCUGGCGCCGACGAUGAAAUGUACUGCAUUAAGAACUCGGUCAUAACGGCUGCUAUUAUGGGUUCGUUAGUUUGCGGUAUCUUAAUCGUUAUAGCAAUUUCCUGUACCUGUCGCCUGUACGCUCUCCGAUUGAUUUCAUACCAACGUCAACAGAACUGUUCCAGUGCUUCCGGUACCAAUACGUCUGACAAUGGAGGUGGCCACCAUGACGGUGAGCGUUUCCGCCGACGCAGCUCGAUCUCGGAUUCGGAUCUGCUGCGUUUCGAUGCGCUACAAGAUCUCUAUUGCUAUUACGGUUUCCGGGACCCACCUCCACCAUACAGCGUAGCCGUGGCCGGUGACCCGCCCGCGAUACCACCACCUCCACUAGGUUCUUCGGGACGCCGUCGUCGUUCACGGGCGCACCAUUCUCGUAUCUAUGCGCGGCGAAGUUCGAGUAACCCUGCCGGCAGUGGGCCAGAAUUUGGCCCUUCAGGUAGCGGUCGUUCGGGAACUCCGCCGUCUUCAUCAGCCGAACCUCUUCCCCCGCCAUCUUUGUCGCCUUCGCCGUCGCUGGAUGCUCCGGAAUCACCGAAACAGGGCACAUCUUCACAGCACAGUCAGUCACGAUCAGCGUUCCAGGAACAGCCCCACUUGCAGCAAAUGGCAUCGUCGAGCAGUAACGACGGCCCUAGUGUGCCGUCGCCGAAUUGCGACAACGCACGUGAUGCUGCUAGCUACCGGCGACAGACUUCGCUUGGUCGAAACCAUCGAGACUAUUCGCCAUCACAAACGACCGAUAAGUUAGUAGACAGGACAACAACGACGAUAAAUGUUUGUGAGGAUAAUGCGCGAGAAUCACAUCAGAGAGACGCGAGGGAGCAUCUCAACGCGCCAGUUCAUUGCGUGCAUUCAACGGAUCUGGGCGGAUCAGGGAAUGUCUCGACAACGGAGAUAGAGUUCUCAGUUCUUCCCCUUCGGUCUCUAUCGGAUCGGCAAUCCCAGUCGGUUAUAGCUGUUGGGGUCGAGGUCACGUCACCCACUACCGACGAUCAGCCUCUUAUCGCUGAAUAAGCCAAGGUUUCAAAGUAACGAAACCGGUCAGCAAACAAAGAUAAAUCAAGUCAUGAACAUUUUCUACAAUAAUCGUAUGAUGAUUCACAAUGUACAUGAUGUCACAGUGAUUGAACGACGACAUCAUUGUCGACUGCCUGCUGCUCAUGAGCGGCGGCCAGAGAAGUUCACGAUUCCUACAUCCCACCUUUAGACAGGGACCUGCUUUCUGAGAGAAGGACCUCUUCUGGGCGCACUCAUUCGCAUGAAAGGACGGAGUUCACUUGUAAUGAGGAUCGACUUGUGGAACACGGGCGAUACAUUAUGAUUGUGACACAAUCUCGGUAGAGGGACUCGCGCCAUUAAACCGUUUUCUUGUCAACAGCCUUAAAACGAAAAGGAAUUGUUGCUACUGCCAAUCGUCGGUGCGCUUUCUACGGAUGCUCGUUAAGACCCGUAAUCAAUGUAAUGCGUAAAGUGAAUAAACCCUAGAUCCAGUCCAAGUCUAGAUAUAUAAGUAAGUAGAGCUUUACUAUUUGUCUCUAUCACAACUGUUAUGGUUUGAAUUCUGUCAAAAAAUAUUGUCCCGUAGAAAUGCUGAAGAUAUUUUUUGAAGGCAGAGAUUAUCAUCAAUAUCGUACGGUUUUUUAACGCUUGAGACAGUUGCUACAUGAAACAACGUGACUAUAGGAUCAAUUAGACUGACAGGUAUGCAUGAGAAUACUGUGAUUAGAUACCUUAGAAAUAAAUCCUUAAACCAAUAGGUGAACGUUCACGUCAACCAGUCGAUGUGGACACAACCAAGAAAUAGAGCGUACUUCAAUGCAAGCUGUUCAGGAUACACGGCUAGGACCACGACAAGGAUGAAAAAACACGCAGAAUAUUCGAGGGACGCACAGGUCUCUUCUAGUCCGACGUUUGAUUGAUGAUACGAAUGCGUCCAUCGUCAGUGGCGAGUGAUACUUCUCGAUUAAACAAAGCGGAGUUUUACUACCGAAUAACACAACUAAUGUACCCUUCGGUUUUGUUUCUUGCUCGCGCGCGCCGUGUCUCUAUGCUAUUUCCAAGAGUUUCUUUGUCACUUGAGUUUACAGAGAACAAUAGCAGAGGUAGAAAUUGAACCAUCUACAAUGAAUAAUCCUUGCGGUAGAAAAGCUAUCGGUGAAAGUUGUCGCCUUUCAGCUCAUCAUCCAUUUAAUGGAACGAGAAAAGAGAAAAGUCAGCAGUGUAACAGCGGCAGCAGGGUCGACGUUGUUGACGUUUAAAUACGACAGACUUCUACUCUGAGUGGCUAUACGUAUCUAGAUAACUGGCUGAGGACUUUGCCCAAAGCAAGGGUAGAAGACGUGGAGCUGCUACGUCGAUUGACGGCUAAGAUGUACUUAUUUCGCAUUCGCGAACUAGUACUGUGCUAGAUAACAGGAUAGAACUGCAGCCGCAUGCAGAAAUAGACCGAUAGUUGUGUACACAUAGGAGUGGCGAUGGCAACGAAGGCAUCGUCUGCGGCAUCGAGCGAUGCGUGGAAGGAUCUAAUGCGAAAAAAACGAAACGAUACGUACAAACACGAAACGUCCUCGAGAGGAGCAAUCCGUCGCUGUUAUAGGAUUUACAAAACGAUACGAGCGCAUAGAUUUAAUGACUGGCGGGUGACGAUCCUAAUGACAGAGCAAGCAAUGUAUGACGAACGACUCAAUUCCAAGGGAAAAUAGAGACGGCUUAUUCUGAGCUCACACGCAACAUGAACGAAAUUAUGACGAAUCAACAAUUACAAUGGUGAUUAUUGUAAUUUAAUGUCCAUUUCUUAAUAUACAGCAGACGUACUGUAUCAUGGUUGAUUGUUCUAACCGACAACGCCGAGCAGUCAAUAUAGUAAAAAUCUCUCAUUACGCUACUAUUGUACAACCAUCACGUACUGCAAAUAACAAUAAUCAUUACCAUUAUUUCGACGAGAGGAACAACCAAAACCUUGCGUGUAAUAACAGCUGAUGCAACAACUCUUCACCAAUCUUCAUAGUUAUACAUUUGGCAAUAUUUUGUAUUGAUAGACAUUUAUUCAUUUCGUUACUAAAUGACGAUGGUGACUUUUCAAAAGCCUAAAUCUCACCGAGCUAAUAUUCCGCAUGAUGAGAUGACUAAGUAUGAUUUUGUACAUGCUAAGAACGUCUGCACGCAUACACGUGCACAAACCCACACAGAUAUCUAUAUGUAAUCCACUGUGUGUGAAGGAAGAUGAUUGUAUUCAGUUAGCUGUUGCGGAUUAUGAUUUUUCUAUGUUUGCUAGAAUUGCCAUUAAAACUACCGCUGCUGCUGUUGU